GAGUCGCGAGAUUGCCGGCAAACAGGUAGUGAGCAGCGAAGAAACAAACAAGGGAGUCUUUCAUGGAUUCCAGGCGAGAGAAGGGCAUACUUGACUUUCCUGCUUCUCCAAUUCAGGUCCAUCACAGCCCAAAAUUCGCUGAUCAGCCUCGCAGAAGUGUGGCGCAGAGGUGAUCGCAGCCGCCGAGUGACGACGACGCCCCACUCAAAGAGCUCCAACCAAGCCUCCUACAUACGACACCUCCGGACUCUCACCUUUGACCUCAAGCACGCCGACCGGUCGCGACGUCCUCAUCACACGCAGCGCAAAUAACUCGCUGCCACUUGGAGUCAGCUGCAAUUUCUCCCAAACGCCCGCGACUGAGCAUCACCAUCUUGCAAUCGAUUAGGCAUCAGAAAUCAUGUUCCGCGCGCAGGGGAACAUUUUCGACGACGUGGUCGUCAAAGCCACAGACGAGAACCUGACGAGCGAGAACUGGGAGUACAUACUGGACGUAUGCGACAAAGUCGGCUCGUCGGAUACGGGCGCACAACAAGUCGUCCAGGCUAUGAUUCGAAGGCUGGCCCACCGCAAUGCGAACGUCCAGCUCUACACCCUCGAGCUCGCCAAUGCCCUCAGCCAGAACUGCGGCAUCAAGAUGCACAAGGAGCUAGCAUCACGAAGUUUCACAGAGGCGCUGCUGAGGCUUGCCAAUGACAGGAACACACAUCAGCAGGUCAAGGCCAAGAUCCUCGAGCGCAUGAGCGAGUGGUCUGACAUGUUCUCGCGCGACCCAGACCUUGGAAUAAUGCAGGGUGCCUACACCAAGCUGAAGUCGCAGAACCCCAACCUUCGAGCGCCAUCGAAACCGCAAAAGACGCAGAUCUCCGAUUCUGAACGCCAGAAAGAGGAAGAGGAACUGCAGAUGGCUUUGGCCAUGUCGAUACGAGAGUCAAAGGGCGCCACCCCGGCAACCGCGAAGUCCAACGCUCCUCAAGAUGCAAGCGCUGGUGCUAGCUCCAGCUCACAACCUGCACAGCCUCAGGCGCCGGCACCUCAGGGAACGACUGCGGCAACAGUCUCACGGGUACGCGCGCUGUACGAUUUCCAGCCCUCCGAACCUGGCGAGCUGCAGUUCAAAAAGGGCGACAUCAUCGCGGUGCUCGAAUCUGUAUACAAGGACUGGUGGAAGGGAUCGCUACGUGGACAGACCGGCAUCUUUCCUCUCAACUACGUCGAGAAGCUGCAAGAUCCUACGAGAGAGGAGCUAGAAAGAGAGGCGCAGAUGGAGGCCGAGGUCUUUGCGCAGAUCCGCAACGUUGAGAAGCUGCUUGCGCUGCUUAGCACAAGCUCACAAGGAGGUGCUGACAUCCGUGAGAACGAAGAGAUCACGGAGCUCUACCACUCGACGCUGGCUAUAAGACCGAAGUUAAUUGAGCUCAUUGGCAAGUACUCACAGAAAAAGGACGACUUCACACAACUCAACGAGAAGUUCAUCAAGGGUCGCCGCGACUACGAAUCUCUCCUCGAAGCUUCAAUGACACAGGCUGCACAACCAUCAUACAGUGGCCGUCCCGGGUACGGCGCAUACACCGCACCUCCACCGUCACAGUACGCUGCAUAUCCACCCAGCUCAGCAACACCGCAAGAUCCCAAUCGCUUCUACGGCGCCGGGGUACCACCACAGCAAGGGCAGUCGCAAUAUCCUCCAGCCAGCUCGAAUGCACAAGGUGCACCAUACCCGCCAGCAGGCUCAAACCCCGCCUUCUUCAUGGUUCCACCCGCCGAGCAGCGCCAGCAACAAACCCCAGCACCUCAGGGCCCACCAUCAAAUACCUACAACGACCCAUCACUGAACCGCGUCCCCGUCGGCCGUCCCCAAAGCUUCGCGCCCCAAGAGCUCUCAACAGGGCACUACGACUCACCCGUCGACAACCGCGCAUCUUUCCAUGGCGCACCGCCCGGCGCACCGCCCGGCGCACCCAUAGGUCAGGAUUAUCCUGCAUACCCACCACAACAGCAGACGCAGCCGCCGGGCUACCCGCCACAAGCCCAGGCCUCAGCGCCUCCGCAGAAUCCUUACGAGCACAUCACGUCCCCGCCGCCGCAGCAACACGAACAAGCACCAUCGGACUCGUACGCCCAAGCACCGCAGCAGAAUCAGUACGGAUACCCGCCCCAGCAAGCACCGAGUCAGCCGGGAUACGCACCGCCUGCGCCGCCGGGUGCAACGAGCAGUCCCGCGCCGCAGCAGACGUAUCUGCCGUAUCGACCGAGUGGGCAAGCGCCGCCGGCUGCGGGGGGAGACGAGGGUUUCUAUCGUUAGCCGCUAAUUGAGUGGAUGAGAAGCUGGAAGAAAGAAGGGAGGGGUUAAAUAUCACAGCAUAAACGCGAGUGAUGGCAUGAAUGAAAAUAUGAGCAUCUAAACCCCGUGUGUGCAAGUCAUCGAUUGCGCUUGGAAAAUCCUCAUUGUGGCCCGCGGAUAGGGAUGAUGCUGUUUAUAAAACAUUAUUGCUGAUCGAAUGAGACGCGAGAGAUCCACCCUCGCCAUCGCAUGG